AUGAAAUGCACCUUGAAAUUGAAGAAAAAUGAGAAUUUACCCAAAUCGUUGGUGCGAUGUUAUUAUCGGAGCCACACUACAUCGAAUGAGUGUCACAUUCUGUGUCACGACCCUGUUUAUGGACUAGCCAAGUCAGGGCAGGCGGCAAUAAAAGAAUGCCCGAAGAAUGAGACUGGAUGUAUGAAAAAAAAAUGUGAGAAUGGAAAGUACUUAUCAGAAGAAAACUUUUGUGUAUUGGCUGAGAUCAAAAACAUGCUGGAGUCCACCAAGAACAAAACUGAAUUAGCAAAGAACCUUCCUGGCCUAGUGCAGCAAUUGGCCAACAUCUCAACAAAUCAAGUUAUCACAGAACCUGGAAACCUCAUAACCACAGUUGACAUCCUCACUGCUUUUUCGUCUGUAACAAAUGUUUCUGUUAACCAGCCCAUAAUGCAGGAUUUCCUUGUCACAGUAAAUACAAUUAUUGAUCAAUCUGCCCUGUCAUCUUGGAAAACAGUAGCACAACUCAACAUCAGCUCCCAGCUAUUGAUGUCUAUAGAACAAUUUACCACCCUAUUUUCUUCAACUGAAGAAACUUUCAACAUCACAAAACCUAAUGUUCAGUUGAAGGGAGUGAAGAUUAACUCCAAUUCUCAUAAGGAUUAUAAAAUUAAUUUCAGUGAUUUUAAAUAUAAAAACAGAUCAUCAAGCAACAUUGUGAACAUUGAUGAAAAAGAACUCUCAAAGCUUCCAAAUGGUUCCCUUGUCAUCGGUGUUGCAUAUGCAACACUGACUGAUAUCCUUGGCACACCAAACAACAGCACAGAAAAAUUGAAUAGCCUUGUUGCGACAAUAACAGCAGAAAGUUCUUCAAUUAAUAUUGAAAUAGUUUCCUCAUUACUAAACAAUACACUUUAUCGAGACAGUGCUAAAUGUGUGUUUUGGGACUUUGCUCAGAAUGAUGGGGGAGGAUGGAGUUCAUCGGGAUGCAGACCUGAAACAAAUGGAGGCAACAUUAUUUGCAAGUGUGACCACCUGACCUCUUUUUCUUCACUGAUGUCACCUUUUGCACGUAAAGAAGACAAAUAUUUGAAAAUUAUAAGCCAGAUUACAACUGGACUAUCUGUUGGGUGUUUGAUAAUUGGUCUUAUUAUAGAGGCAGUCGUAUGGAAGCAGGUGACCAAAACUAAGACCUCACAAGCCCGACAUAUAAUGAUGCUGAAUAUUAUUCUAUCCCUACUUAUAGUUUAUGUGUUAUUCACGAUGGCUGAAUACCUGAAAGGAAAUACAACAGUCUGCAUAGUGACUAUUUUCUUAAUGAAAUUUUUUCAGCUUUCUUUGUUUUUCUGGAUGUUUACUCUGGCACUUCUACUUCUUUAUCACUUGAUUUUUCUUUUCAAAGAUUUCAGCAAAACAACAAUUCUGAUCAUGUCAUUUGCUCUGGGCUACCUGUGUCCAUUAAUAAUUUCCAUCAGCACUUUUGCAUUUGGCUUUUCCCAAAAUCAUUAUAUACAAAACGGGAAAUGCUGGCUCAACACAGAAGAGACCUAUCUUCAUUUCCUUUAUAUUGUCCCAAUAUUGAGCAUCAUUGCAAUUAACAUCUUCAUUACGUUUCUUACCAUAUUUAAGAUUCUGCGACCAACUGUCGGGGAGAAGACAAUCAACAGUACAAAGGACUCUAAUAUAGUCAAGCAAAUUUGUAGAAGUGUUGUUAUUCUCAGCUCAGUCUUGGGUCUCACUUGGGCACUUGGAUUUGGAUUCCUGGAUAAACAUUCCUCUGACAUAUUAGAUUAUGCAUUUGAUAUCCUGAGUGGACUCCAGGGGUUGUGUAUUUUGAUUUUUGGUAUACUCAUGGAUAGUAAGGUACAAGAAGCCUUAAGGCAGAAGUUUGUACCAUCAUCAAAUUCUUCCCAAAAGACGAAACUGGUUACCAGCACAACUUCAAAUACUUAUUGAACAUCUGGUGAUGAGGUGUUUUUCAAAGAAGGAUCCUGGAAUAUUAUCCAGCAAUUAUAUGAAAGGAAUCCAGGUACUUCAGGGAGCAUUUGACUUGUACACGAGAGAUUGGCAUUUUUUCAUUUACAAUUGUGCAUGUGAAUCACUGAGAUUCCCUCUUGUGCAAUCAUUAAUAAUUAUGGGAAUGAUUAAUGCAGUGCAAAUCAUGCAAAAGGCAAAAAUAUUCACACCAUCUUGAAGACAGUAUCAUAGAUUGCAAACACACCUCCAACAUAGACUUCACUGCCUCCAACAUUUUCAAAGUAUGUUGGAUAAUUGUUUUAUUUCACUAGUUCAGGAGAUAGUGGGGACUGCAGAUGCUAGAGAAGUCAGAGUCGCUAAAGCAUGUGCUGGAAAAAGCACAGCAGGUCAGGUAACACCUG